AUGGCAAUGACCUCUCUCCUCUCCCACAUCACCUCUCUACCUCUCCCUCUCAAACGCCCUUCCUCUCUUUCCUCUCACUCUCCAAAACCCACCAAAACCCUCUUCCUCAAAUCCUUCUCCAUCUCCGCUGCAAUUUCCCAAAACCCAGAGCCUCCUCCCAACAGCAUCAAUGUUGACAUUGGGUCUUACUUGUCCUGUUCCAUGCCCCAUAAGAAGCCCCUUAAAGUUGCCGUCUUGCUCAGCGGCGGUGUCGACAGCAGUGUCGCUCUCCGCCUCCUCCACGCCGCCGGUCACUCCUGCACCGCCUUCUACCUCAAAAUUUGGUUUCAAGAAGGCUUUGAGAACUUUUGGUCAGAAUGCCCAUGGGAAGAAGAUUUGAAUUAUGCAAAAGCUGUCUGUAAUCAGGUUGAUGUGCCGCUAGAAGUUGUACAUUUGACAGAUGAAUAUUGGAAAAAUGUGGUGUCCUACAUUAUUGAAGAGUAUCGAUGUGGCCGAACUCCUAACCCAGACGUUCUUUGCAAUACAAGAAUAAAAUUUGGUGUCUUCAUGGAUGCCAUUGACAGUAUGGAGUUUGACUAUGUUGCUAGUGGACAUUAUGCAAAAGUUGUCCACCUAUCUGCAGAUCAAACGGAUAAGGAUUCUGUUUUGGAAUUAUCACAAGACAUGGUCAAGGAUCAGACAUACUUCCUUUCACAUCUUUCUCAGGACCAGCUUAAGAAGUUAAUAUUUCCACUUGGUUGUCUGUCGAAGGAUAAAGUUCGUAAACUUGCCACAAAGUUUGAUCUGCCUAAUAAAGAGAGAAAGGACUCUCAAGGAAUUUGCUUUCUUGGUAAGGUUAGGUUCAGUGAAUUUAUUGGAAAGCACAUAGGGGAGAAGGAAGGUGUCAUAUUGGAAGCAGAGACAGGAGAUCUCCUUGGAAAACAUCGAGGCUUUUGGUUCUACACAAUCGGUCAACGUCAAGGUCUGCGCCUCCCAGGAGGACCCUGGUAUGUAGUUGAGAAGGAUAUAAAACACAAUGUGGUUUUUGUGUCAAGAAAUUACUAUUCAGUUGACAAAAGAAGGCGCUUGUUUCGUGUGGGAUCCUUGAAAUGGCUACAUGGGUCUCCCCCAGCCCAGAUCAGUCAGCUACAGUGCAAGGUCAGACAUGGGCCUCGAUUUUGCAAUUGUACCGUAAAAAUUGAACAUGGUGAAGAUGGCAAUGAAGAUGUGGCAGUUGUCAGCUUAUCUGAAGAUGAUCAGGGCCUAGCAGCGGGGCAGUUUGCAGCUUUCUACCAGGGAAGAACCUGCUUAGGCUCCGGAGUAAUUUUGGAGUCUUGGGAUGAUCAGGGUUUUCCCGUAUGUACAAAAGCUCUUGAAAAUGCUAGGAUGGAAGACAAAUCUCUUCUUGGGAAACCGGUUAAGAUCAAAUUUAUACCGGAGGCUUGUUAAUUAGAAGGUUUGGAAAUUCAUGGACGAUCGAAAAAUUCAGGAAUUUCUGCUGCCAAAAAACAAAAGCAUGUAUCUCCUGGAAAGGCAAUCCCCAAGUCCUCUUUAAAUUGGCUGCCUAAGUUUUGGAAGAAGUGGUUGGAUAUAUUAUAGCUCAGACUUAGCACAGAUGAUCUCAAGAUGCAGAAGCAGAACAGCAAUUCUAUCUUUCUGGUGAUGCACUUUUCAUGGAUAGGAAUCAUAGAAGUUCUAAGUUGUAACAUUAGUAGUUU